AUGAAUACCUCUGAGGUCUUCAACAGCAGUGACUCCCACCAGGAGAACAUUGUCUUUUCUGUCUUUUACAUCCUGGUUUUCGUCGUCGCCGUGCCCGGGAACGCUUUGGCACUGUGGGUCUUCUUUCACCAGGAGAGCACGUCCCCAUCGAGGAUCUUCCUGAUGCACCUUUCAGUCGCAGACAUGUCUUACAUCCUCAUUUUACCCAUGAGAAUAGUUUACCACCUGUCAGACAACCACUGGCCUUUUGGACAUGUCCUCUGUGAACUGUCGGGCUUCCUCUUCUACCGGAACAUGUACAGCAGCCUCUACCUGAUGAGCCUGAUCAGCCUGGACAGAUGUAUAGCUGUGGUUUUACCGUUAAAGUCGCGGUCAGUCAGGAAGGCUAAAUAUGCAAAGAUAGCUGUUGGGGUUCUUUGGGUGCUGGUUAUUGUUUCUAUGAGUCCAACACUUUUCUCUAGCGGGAACUUGACCAACUCGCCUGGCACCUGCAACAAGCUCUACUUAGAAAAGACGACUCCCAAGGCUUUGGUUUCAACCAUUUUGGCGUUUGUUAUUCCCCUCAGCGCUGUGGUGGUUUCCUACGUACUGAUUCUGCUGAAACUGAGAACAGUGACACAACGAGAAGAACGGCCUGUGAAAGACAAGGCGAUAAAAAUGAUCAUACUCAUCGUGACCAACUUCCUUCUUGCGUUUGUGCCCUAUCAUGUGAGCCGCGUGAUCUACAUCGUGACCUCGGCAGCAGGCCGCAGGUCACUGGGGAAGGCCAAUCGCAUCACAUCGGCCCUCACCUGUGUCAGUGGCGUGCUGGACCCCGUCAUGUACUUCUUCCUGAACCAAGCCUACAGAGACCAGCUGCUCCGGCUGUUCUGUAAAAAGAGAAGAGGAGACCAAUAACUUUUUUCAAAUUGUCCUUUUUGGUUUAAUAUUUAGUGGAAGCUUUUAACUGUGGGUUAACUCCUUAAUUUGACCUCUACAACAAAGUAUUUAUCGGUGCAAAAUUCAUUAUUCUAGGGCUGAGUAAUGUGGCUAAAGGUUAUAUCAAGAUAAAAAUGUUCAUAGCAGGCGAUAUUAGUAAUUAUCAGGAUAAAUGUGACUUUAUUAUUUC